UAUGUAUGUGCUGAACACUGUUCGUAGUUAUAGAGUGGUUGUCAUUUUUAUUGUUGACUUGUUGUCAGACGUGUACAUGGUUUAAGGCUAAAGAACUGAGGUAAAGAUGAGCGGGUCUCGGAGACAGCGCAACGAUAAUGAUUAUGAAGCCAGGCAGAGUUCAGAACUGGAGACUUAUCUUCAAGGCCUUGGUAGCGGUUCGGGACGAUAUGAUCGGAUGACAGAUUCGAAAAUAGAACUCAUCCAUAGUAACUGCAGCAGUCAGCCGGCGACCCGCAGACUGUUUCAGAAACAUGCAAUGGCUUUGGCUACCCAACUGUCAUCGUACCUUCUCAACUGUCCAUCGGAUGACACGUCAAGAUCGUACGUCACGCACAUCUUGACGUACGUGGCGAAAAUUCUCAUAGAUGAGGAAUCGUCACAGCUCCAGGGCUACCUUGGCGUACUUGCUAAUAAUGUCGACAUGCCCGGCGACCUUUGCAAGAUUUCCAUCUUGAAUGCCAUCACGAAGAUUUCGAAGUAUCUGUGGAAGAAACGUCUUCUUUCAAUGGGUUCAGAAGUUCUACUCCCCAAAUUGUUCGAGAUCCUCGAAAGCACCGACAAUCCAGUCGUUUUGAAGCCCCUAAUUGAAGGGUUUCUCUAUUACGCUAACGAUUCGUCGAUCUUCAAGGGAUAUUUCAGAGACGUGUCGGAUAUUUUAAUCGGUUGGCAUAUUGAUGGUUCAGCUGGCCAAGAGUUAGCAUCGUUUAUGGCGUCAUCGUUAACUACGAUGGCGCCGUACUUUUCCGUUGACUCUGACUUUUCAGUCUCGCUGAUCAAGCAGUUCCAGGAGGACAUCGCUUCAUUUACUGCUAGUAUCCUGAAUGGUCAAAGCGGUGUUGUGGACAAACUAUGCUCGAUCCUGCUCGUCAUGACGAAUAUAGCCAACGCUAUUCAAAAUCAGGUGGAUAUCCAAGUGGAUGCGGAGGAGGUUAUGCAGAAUCUACUUACGGUGCAAAGGUUCUUAAAGGAUUCGUGUAGUCUUCUUUCAUUUUUGACGGAAGCCAACGUGAUGUGCUCCUCAAUGACAGUGUUAAUGAGUCGUUCCGCGGACAUCUGUUCGUUCCUAACGCUUCAGUUGAACGAUGCGCCCCAAUUUCAAAUUCAUACUAGAUACCUUGAAGCGCUCCUUAACCUUACAUCACUUGUGAUCAGUUCAACAACAAAUGGACAAGUUCACAUGACAAUCAUGGAAGCUAUGUUUUCACCAACCGGCGCAUUGUACAAGCUUCGCAGCAAUAAGAGUGUGCAGAUACAGGAAAGUUUCGUCCGCGUCAGCCGAGACAUUAUGGCUCUGAAAGAUGUACCUCUUGUACAAGCCGGGUUUCAGUAUCUUGCAAGUGACCUUCGUAGUCCAAAUGUCAAAGUAGCUUUGGCAGCCGUCGGUGCGCUUCAGGGAAUGUCCGAAACAAAAAAUUCUCUCAUUUCAUUAUUAGCGGUAAGGCCAUCGCUAUUUGAACUUCUCCAUUCGUUAGUAGGAGAUCCAGUUGUCGAGGAGCGCGUUCAACCUGAGAUCCUCCGUCUUUUACGAGUGCACUCAAUCACCCAUACGCACUUCGUUGUGAACUCUGACCUUAUUGAGCCGUCAACUUCCGCCACAGCAAAUCACUUUAAUAUGAUUCUCCAGCUUUUUACAAAACACCUUCCUGAUGGUGGAUACAUAGGUAUAUUGGUGCUCGACUGGUUGGAUGAGUUGAUAUUCAACCCAACAGUAACCGCUUACGGGGAGCAAUUAGCUUCUGCACCCGUGAUGACAGCAUUAGUGGCUGCAGUUGUCGACGUGAUUCUUAAACAGUGGAAGAACCCUUACUCAGAACGUGCGCUGAACAUCUUGACGGGUCUUCUCAAACUCGAAGGAUGGUCCUUCGGAGAGCCAACGUUGUCUGAGGUGCGGAAGUUAGCAAAACUCGGGUCAGCAGACAAGCAAAUUUUAGCCGUUUUGGAUAUCACCGGUGAAGAUAGCGACGAUUUGGUUGAACGUUACGAUUGGCAGGCAGGAGACCCGAUAGCGUUCAAAAAAUUUAUGUUGUACGUUUCUGGACAAAGCGACAAGUUGAGCGAUACGUUAUUGUCGCGCCUCUACAUGAAAUGUGAGGGGGAUGGUUCCUCGUCAGUUCCGUGUUCCAGCGUACUUUGGGCUUGGCUUGCUUGGCAGAGUGCACAGCACCUUGUGCACGGAAAGCUCAAAAGUUAUCUGGGCAAACCUCAGGACUCGCUGGGGUUCAUCGAAUCUGUCCUAAAGAGUUCACUUGAUGAACAUCGGGGCUGUGUAAUGUUAAAGUUUAUGGAUGCACUCGAACGCUGUAUGUAUCAGGCUUACGAAUGUACAGUAACGAUCAGCAAUAACUACGAAAAGCAAUGCCGGGCUUUCUUUCGCGCAAAUCGCAACACCUGCCAGGAGUGGUUGCAAAGGGUAAGGCCGUUCGUGGCUAAGCUGUCGAUUACGCGAUGUCAACAUCCUUUGGCGGUCUGGCAACUCGAAUCAUUCUUUGACAACAAGCUCACCUUAAAUAGCGAUCAGAUCAGCUUCUUUGCUUCGCUUUACACGAAAGCUGUCAUCGAACUGAAAGCGCCGAAUCGACUGCUGGGUUUUGCUCACUUUUUGAGCACAAACUUUACGCUAUCUGAGAGUCUCAGUCAAUGGUUAAAGGCGAGCUCGCAGCAUGCCGGCCAAAAGCUCGAAACUGCCCUUCGAAGUUACGAAAAAUUGAAGCUGAAGGAUAAUCCCAUUCUAACGGAGAUGGUCAAAGACCAAGUGGAAAGCUGCCGGAGGAGCUUAAAAAUUUGCGACGAUAUUACCCAGUGGGACGAAUUGAAGCUCAAGAACUUUGUGUCACGACAGCGCAAGAAAUCCAAUUUCAAUCUUGCCUUUGAGGCACUACGAAGGUUCGAGUCGACAAUCGACGAAACACUUGUCCUAACGGAGAUGACCGCAGAAGCCCGCGGUGCUUACCGGUUCUCGUCGGGUCUUUGCAAUCGCCAGUACAGCAAAUUGGUUCGAGCACUUGACGGACCUUCUGCAGCUGUCGCUGUUUUAUCAGAAGGUCAGGCUGGCGAUGCAGAGUCUCUUGUCGGUUUGGCUCGAGUUCUCACUGCCGGCGGAGUCCAAAAUUUGUCAAUGGGGAUUACAAGCGAGGGACACCAUCAAUGGAGGGUAGGUCUGUUAUUAAGCCAGGCGUGCCAACAGAAGCCGGAUUACGCUAAAGCCUACUUCAAGUUUGCGGAUUGGUCCUAUUACUGCGGCAAGAGAGACAUCGACUCCGGCGACACACAGAUAGCUGCUGUUGAACAAAAACUGAUCUCCUCGGUUCUGACGCCUUUGGGUGUUGCACACUUGUCCACGCCAAUGUGUUCGGUCAUUGGCCGAAUCGAAUAUUGUGAUUCGGGAAAUUGUGGAUGCACAUCGAAGAAACAAAAGAUCCUUGCAUUACUCGAGGCUGAAUCUGUGCCCGAGCCUGGAUUGUCGCAGGCAUGCGAUCAUCUUCUUUCAGUUGAGUUGGCCGUACAAUCCCGUGUGUUCCGUCAUUACCACAGCGCAUUGGAUGCGUAUUUUCACUUCUUACGAUUGAGUCCGGCAGGCAACGAUGCGGCUCAGGCCGAGGCGACUUUGCGACUUUUACGGCUAAUCGUCAAGCAUGCUCACUCAUUACAAGACACACUUGAAGGUCAUAUGGCGACUAACAUUGUCACAGAACCGUGGCAUGCAAUUAUUCCUCAGUUAUUCGCGCGACUUAAUCAUCCUGAAGAGUAUGUACGGAGGACACUUGUGCGCCUAAUAGCACGUAUUGGGGAGAGUGGAGCAUUGCGACUAGUUGCCUAUCCAGCGAUCGUCGGUGAGCAAGCUGCUCACCAGGAAGAUCGACUGGCAAAUAUCCGUAGACUUCAACAGGAUCCCAGCCAAGAACUUAGUCAAAGUAUGGCGGAAUCCAGCGACGAGGAAAAUGAUGCGCUGGAGGUUGAAGAGAUGGACGAUGCGUCAAAACGCUGUUACGCUGAAAUAUGCGCUUCUCUACGACGGGAUAAUGGAGCUCAGAUGAGUGAAAUUGAAUUAUUCGUAAGGGAGAUGGAGAGAGUAUCCGUUCUUUGGGAAGAAAAAUGCCUAGCAGCACUAACGCAACACUACCCACAGUUAAAUCAACCCGGUGGAACCCAGAUGUGCACGGAUUUACUGAAGGACCUAAUCCAAAUGACGCUGCUAUCGCCGGCAGAAACACCUCAUGAAGAAUGGUUCCAGAAGAACUUUUCGGGACCCCUUAAUAAGACACUCGACACAUUCCAGAACUGUAAAGAUCCAGAAAUUCUGAAAAAAGCUUACAAGGCAUUAUGUGCAACAGUAAAUGUUAAGAUUCAGGAGGAUGUACGGUCCCAGUUGGCCAUGUCAACAAUCUCUCCUCGUUUGGCGGGCCUCAGGAAUACCUUACUUCCCGUGCCGGGACAAAACCGAGCGACAGUUGCGUCUGUGGCAUCAACAGUUACUCUAUUGCCCACCAAAUCAAAGCCGAAAAAGUUUGCGCUCAUUGGAGAUGACGGCGUUAGGUAUACGUUCCUGUUCAAAGGUUUGGAGGACCUUCAUCUUGACGAAAGGAUUAUGCAGUUCCUUUCAAUCUCUAAUCGUAUCUUGUCGAAGCGAUUCGGCCAAAACUCCUAUUUGGCCCGUAGCUACGCAGUCACUCCGAUGGGACGCCGUUCAGGUCUUAUACAAUGGAUUGAUCGUUCGGUGCCGCUGUUUGCACUGUACAAGAGGCACCAGAUUGCCAAGCAGGGCUAUGCAACCAGGCCUACCGAAAUGUUCUAUAGUAAAUUAAUUCCCAAACUCAAUAAGGCCAACAUUCCCACCGAUAAACGGCGCGAAUGGCCAAAGGAACUUCUUAUGCAGGUCGUCGAAGAGCUGACAAAAGAAACUCCAGGCGAUUUGCUGCUGCGCGAAGUCUGGGCAGCCUGUGCCACCCCAGGCCAACUCUGGGCUCGUCAGAACGCCCUUGUGCAUAGUGUUGCUGUCACGUCGAUUGUCGGCUACAUUAUCGGAUUGGGGGAUCGACAUCUAGACAACAUUCUUGUUGAUAUUCAUUCAGGCCAUAUUAUUCACAUCGACUACAAUGUCUGCUUCGAGAGAGGAACUCAACUGCGGGUUGCCGAACGGGUGCCUUUCCGUCUAACUCCAAUACUCAGUCGAGCCCUUGGUUUGAACGGUCUCAAUGGAGUAUUCCAAGUAGCUGCAGAAAACAUCCUCCGAACGCUGAGAGCUAACCGCGAAACCCUACUCACACUUCUUGAAGCCUUUGUCUACGAUCCUCUCGUAGACUGGACUGUCGGUGGACCAACAUCUGUAACUAAGGCGGCGUCGAUAACGGCCGAAUGCGCUGUUACUCAGCUUGUGGCUCUCUGCGAAGAGGACGGUUUUCAGCAGAAUCUAAUGAAGGUGGAACGAGAACUCCGAGUUAUCUGGAAUCAACUUACUGCAAACGUCGUCGAGUGGCGGGAUAAUGCCAUAGCACUGGCUGAUAAGACAGCGCUCAUUACAGCAUUGCAGGAAUGCCCAACGGUAUUUCAAGAUCUUGCCUCUCUACGGUUGCAGUUCUCCGAACUCUGCAAAGCGGUUCAGGACACGACGGCCAUGCUAGCCAGCUAUUGCGAACAAGAACACUGCCAGAACCCCUUAUUCCGCCUAAUGGCAGGGUAUUUCUCUCAGACGACCUCACUCUGGGCACAAUGGCUCAUGCACGUUUGCACUCAAGUCGACGGGCCGAGCAUUCAACAGACUCUGACCCGUUUUCAAGCGAAGACCGUUGUAUCUCAACAGCAGCUAACAUCGGAUCUCUCGUACCUUGCGCAGAAAUUGAGCGUAUGCGAUGUUGAACACGAUGACGGUCUAGGCGGCGCUUUGUCCGCUAGUGUUUUACAUCCGCGCGUUCUCUACACUUUAACUGAGUCUCCCGCAGCCCAACGUCUUAUUGGAAUGCUUGAUAACUUUAAAAUCGACGUCCUACCCCGGUUAUUGGCUUUUUCCGACUUCGACGUUGUCAACUCACCACUUGUACCCGUCGUGGGCGAAGGAAUGGAGCUUCUGUCGAGUAUGGUAGCUACCGCCGAGUACGAAGUGAUUGCAGACAGGCUUGAGGCCGAGUAUGAGGCUGUUAUUGCUGCCGCGGCCAGUCAGCGUCAGCAGACAACGUUUUCUGUAGCCACACCGGUAUCCGGUGUUGACAGUACCUCCACAACAGCUGCUUCUUCGGUUACGGGAACUGCUCUACAGCCACUACUGCUUGUAAUGGACUCGCUGUUCGGAGAGCUCCGUUUUAUUGACAAACUGCAAUUGAUCCAUGGACUAUUCACAGCUGUACAGAGCGCUGUGACGGGGGGUGUUAGCCGGCUUGAAGCGGCGUGUGGGGUAAUCGAGAGUUUGAUGAUCGCGCCUCUCCUCUUAACGGAAGCUUCGCCAGAAAUGUCGGCGACUGGUGAGGAACGAGCAACGGUAACAGCAAGAAUUCCCAUCGAGCGCGUUGUUGUAGACCAUCAAAUAAUCACGGCGUUAAUGGGACUGGUGCAAAGUGUCUCCGAGGAACCGAUCUUUGAGUUGCCAACGAUCGAAUCAGUUCUGGAUAACAUCGGUAAUGGCAGUGAGGCAGACUUGUGCAUUCGAGCUGACCUCCAAGAUGCUGUUGGUCGAACUCGGGCGGCCGUUCUUGAGGUGACGAAUGCUGGGAUGGCAAUGUUGUCCAAUCCGUCGUACGCUCGGGUGGCAGCCAAGCCAGGGGUCGCCAGUGAGCUUGCAGCUGUCGGCAUUGAGGUCACUAACCUAAAAGACGCCCUUCUGGACUCUAUUUCCCAGCAGGUGCAGGUCCUUCAGGCACAAGUGCAGCGAUAUUGGCACCCCAUCGGAAUGGCGUUGGUCGACGCAGAUGUAAAGCUUCAGGAGCUUGUUGACCUAACGGCCUCGGUUCGCCACGCUGAGCCCACCGAGUUCUUACUGAAAAACGCGAACUGGCCACAGCUGUCGUUCAAUCCCGUCCAGGUAUGUUUUGAUACAGUUGGGCAGUUCAACAAUACUUGUCAGUUUGCGUUGCGUUCGUUCGCGGGUGGCCAGCCGGGACAAAUUGACCUGCCAAUGUUACAUGAAGCGUCGUCGCAGAUUGGAGAAAUCUUCCACGCCGUACAGCAACUGGUAGAGCGACUGCUUGCAUACAAGGUAGUUGAGAUCGAAAGCAAAAGGGAAGAGCAGCGUAAUCGUCAGGGCAUGCUAAUAUGGAGACGCGUCCGCGCUAAACUUGAGGGUCGGGACACACACGACAAAUCGCACCUGACUGUCGGACAACAACUCGAGAAGGUUAUCCACGAGGCUACAUCGAUGGAGAACCUAGCCCUUAUGUACGAAGGAUGGACGCCUUGGGUCUGAACAACUCGGAAUACAUAGCGACUUUGAUGCUCAAAACGGAAGCGUUCCAGUCGAGACAAGGAACAGCGAAUGGUUCUGGAUGAUAUCAACCAAAUAGGGACUGCGUUCCCUCAUUAUUUAGGGGAGUCAACAAUGUCGAUACGAACACGAACGACGAGCUUGUCACGUGUUCGUAUGCAAUCAGUGCUUGCCGAGUCUCUCUCCCGAGUCGCACUGCGAGUGCAAUAUAGGAUGACUCUCAACGCAGACUUGAAACCCUGCCGUGAGGUCAUCUGCUACGGAUGCUUUUCGCACUGAACGAAUGCUAUUCAUUAUAGAUCCAACAGCAGCAGUAGCUUUGCAUAUCGCGUGUAUGGCUGGUAAGCUCCACCUACACGGUGUUGACCGAUGGGUUGAAGUUGACUUCGUCCAUCGUUUUCGCCGUAUGUAUAUCGGAAGCCCGCCUUGAGAACGGCGUUUAAAAUUGCUGUCAGCAGAUAUCUGUUGUUUCUUCCGUAAAGAAAUUGUUGAAAUCGCACCACAGAGCGUACCGCAGCCACUAGGGCUUGUUCGGUUAUAGAGAGUUUGUAUAAAGAGGCGCUUAUUAUGGGGUGCUUACUUUCGUAUUCGUUUCGUCGCUAUAUCUUCAAAGGUUUGCAUCUGAAGGAGUUAUAGUAGCAGCGCGUUCUCUUACCAUAAUUUUUCAUUAACGAGUCGAACUGCUGGUUAUGAAUCGGUUCAUUCUCUUAAAUAAAAGUGGACACUUUUAAAAUAUUGAUUAAAUACUUUGCAUUGCUAAGAAAGCCGUACCUCUCUAUGUUCGCUGGUUGCAGGUUCAUACAAGUCGCUAUGUCUACAUGUUCAAAAUGGCGACGUUUAUGACAAUGUCUCUACUGUUGUGCUUUCCCCCUCUGCAAAAGGCUAUUAUGUGAGAAUAUAUAUACGCCUUUUUCUGUGUAUACACGUGAUUCCUUAAAUAGGAAUCGCUGUACCUUCAGUUACUGCAUCGUGUUCAUCUAGGACAAUGUUGGUCGUGUUUUAUAUUUAUCAUUGCAACUAAGCUCGCCGGCAUAUUGACUUGCUGUGGUGCUCUGGCUCAAGACCAAAAAGCAACGUUCAUUUUAGAAAGCUCUAUCGAUUUCUGAUCGUUCUCAUGGGCAAACAUUUCCUACAUACAUCACGUGUAUCAGACGAGUUCUCUAUGGAAAUGAGGUUACGCCUAUUUUUUUUUCUGAUUUAUAUAUAAUUUGUCGUAAACGUUUUCGAUAAUCCGAGAACACCUCAGCCGAAUGUGCAACGUGAACACUUUAAAACGGAGUUAGCUAUAACAGGAGCUGAUGUAAGUCAGAUGAUGGUAUUUCGUCUAGAAGAGUGUGUCUAUUUCAAUAUGUGUUAUUAGAGUAUAAACUAGAAAAGCGAGAUUUGGGUAGACCUGAAGAAAAAUUUAUUAGCAAUGGAAACUAGGUUAUCCUACUAUUUAUAUCCGCAAAGUCAGCUUGUUCGAUUUUUUCUACUUUAGAAAAAAUCGAACAAGCUGACUUCUUCAAUACAAUUUCGGUAGACGAUUCAUAAAUCCUCGGUAUAACAUCGUUAUAAUAACAUAUAUAUAUUUUGUUAGGUACAUUUAUAAUUAACUAACCAACGACUGCUAACGUUCGGCGUCUUUUUUAUCACUUGGUAAUUGUUGGUUGAUCAAAUUUGGUUCGAGACGGAAUAUUUCUCUCCUUGAGCAAUAUAUCAAAAAGUAAAUAGCAAAAGCGGCAAGUAAGGCUAACUACUAAUUUUGCAACGAACUUCAGUCCAUACAACGAGCGAGUAGUACGGAGAUGACCUCUAAUUAUUUGAAUUGGUAACAAUAUAGGGACAAAUGGGCCUCUCCGCCCCUUACGCAAGCAAUGCCAUAUCGAUUUUAGCGAAUGCUUCUAUACUUGAGCGCGCGCAUAUUGGGUGGGUGAAAAAGCUUAACGGCAAGCUUCAAGUGAAACCAACGAAGACUUACUAGCCAUUGAUUAAACCGUAAUAUUUAUAACUUGAAAGAGGAGAUGCAAACGAAAUAUACGUAUUGGUCCUAAUGCCGAUAUACGAUUAGUCUUUACUACUAGUGACGUAUUAUAUUUAGCGUGUUUGUAUCUCGGUUUGUAGCGCAACGUAACUAUGCAGCAACGUUUGGAAUACGUUUUUGUUUAUUAACAAUAAUUAGCGGGGAUA